AUGGCUGCAUACUUCUUUAACUAUGAGGAUGAAGCAAACAUUGGUGUAACACAAGAUGCUGCUAAACCCAUAAACCCAUCAACCAAUCUGGCGACGGUGUCUCGGCGAAGAUCCUUCUUUCUCGCAGUGACUCCUUCUGGAGUGGUCCUCACGGUGCGCGGCUGUGCAAUGGCUGUAGCAGCUGGUCUCCAUCCUAUUGGCUCUGACUGCGCUACGUCGUUACGUCGUCACGUCGCCACAUCUCCUGGACCAAUCUCCGCCCGGGUCGCUCGCUGCUGGACCGCCGCCAUGUUCGCCGGAUCGCCGCUCAUCAUCCGCUGCCACCGCUCAUCUGCCGCCGCUGCUGCACUCCAGUUCAUUGGAGGAAGGUGCCCCCCGCUCCUAGGAGUUAAAAAAGAAGUAGGAGAUGUUAAUAUUCUAAUCAACAAUGCUGUUAUCUUGAAUUGGAAGAAUUUCAUUGUUCUUACAGAUUCUGAAAUGGAAGACACACUAGACUUGAACAUUAAGGCACAAUUCUUGACUUGCAAAGCUUUCCUACCAGCCAUGAUUUCCUGUAACUGUGGUCAUUUGGUUACUAUUUCAAGUACAGGAGCACUAACUGGGGCCAAUGCACUUUCAUACUGCUGUGCAAGUAAGUGGGCAGAAACUGGCUUUUUGGAGGCUAUUGCUUUUGAAUUACAGGCUGCAGGAAAGAAAGGCAUCAAAACGACCAUUGUCUUUCCUUAUUAUGUUGACACAGAAAUGAUUACUGGAGUACAAACAACGAGGCCCUGUCUGUUUCCAAUCUUGGAUGUGGGCAGGAGUAUUGUGGAUGCUGUUCUGAAGGAGAAGUUUUAUCUCUUUAUUCCAUCAUGGGUGUCCUUCAUUCCUCUAAAAAUAUUUCUACCAACAAAAGUAAUGUUCCUUCUUGCUGAAUAUUUGGGAUUCUUCAAUUACUUUGAUCACUUCAAAGGUCGGAAGAAAAUAAAAGAGAACAAAAUUUAA